AGCUGGUUGAAUUUUAUCUAAUUCAUUAGCGACACAUUCAGGAAUCUUGAAAAUGGAUAGACAAUAAAUAGGUAAACUUGACAAAACCAAUUUAAUGAGAACCAAUCCACCUGCGAAGGACAAAAAUCUCCUUUUCCAUGUUGAGAGCCAAUCAAUAACAGUUUGAUAUUAAUUGCUUUUAUGUAGGGGCGUGAUGAAGAAUGUAAUGCAUUGUCAUCGCAAUGGAAUAGCUCACUGUAAUCUAAAAAGUGACACUAUUAUCUUGGAUGAAAAAUAUGACGUGACAUUGACGGGAAAUCAAUAUAGCCAUAAUCAGAAAGAUAUGAGAAAGGAUGGUGCAGAUUUAAAGACUAUACUUGAAAUUCUGAUAGGCAAUGAAAUCCCCAAAGAUGUUGCUCAUCUCUUGAAAUUACUUGGUAACUACCAAAGUUACAAUCAGGACAUCAUGUUUCACCAUUCAUGCCUCUGGACACCAUUUGAAAUGAUAAAGAAUAUUUUCCUAUUUCGGAUGGAGAUUGGCUGUUCUCCAAAAGUUGUCGUUGACCACGUUUGGAAUGCUCUCAGAAACUUGCCUGAAGAGAAUGUCGAUUGGGCGUCUUUAGUAUGUAUGCAUCCAUUAUACAAGAGAGCUUUUGACAAAUGGCAACUUGAGGGUGUUCAUAGUGGUGGAGUACUCUUUAUCUUUUAUGAGGAUGUGCUUCAUUCAUGUGCAUCAGCAUGUGGUAUGUUUUCGUUUAUACUGAGUGGUUCAUAUAUUGGAAGCAUUUUAAGGAAAAAAUUCAAUUUACUUCUUUUGGUUUGA